CCUUUCAGACUGUUUUGGUCUUUUUGCUGUUAGCAACGGAAAGGACCCGAGCUAGCUGUGAACUCUAAUUUGAGAUAAUCAAUUUUUUUGUUAGGAUUUCAUAUCACAUUGACAAGCGGUGUGACGCUCGUGUUAUUUUGAAAGAUCCACUGAAGCGUGUCGUUUUUUUAAAAUAGUUUUUUCCCCCUCAGUUUUAAUAAGAUUUGUAGAGAUUGCUAAUUGGGCUAGCAGCUGUUAACCAGCUAGCCUGCUAGUAGCACGUUAGCGAGCAGUCACACAACCACACGCCGCUUCGUUGUCAAGAAGUUUCUGCUCUACAACCGAUCGCUUUUAAAGACACCGUCUUUUAUGGGAUCACCAUGUCAAUGAAGGCCGGUGGAAAUCGAGGCAAGCCCGGCGGGGGCAACGCGGCUGGUGCGGCCGCCUCAGGUGCUGGAGGAAGCGGCGGGGGAAGACAGAAUCUGGGCAGGGGAAGACACAGUGGCAAAGGGCCUGCAGGAGUUAUUUUCAAUGGUGUAUAUGCAAAUAUGAGGAUGGUCCAUGUCUUGACUUCAGUGGUGGGGACCAAGUGUGAGCUGAAAGUAAAAAAUGGAACUGUAUAUGAAGGAGUAUUCAAGACAUACGGUCCUGAGUGCGACCUGGUGUUGGACGCAGCCCACAGAAAGAGCCCAGAGCCGAGUUUAGGCCCCAGGAAAGAAGAUAUAGUAGAAAGCAUCAUUUUUAAGGCUUCCGAUGUCGUAGUGGUGACGUUCAAAGACGUGGACCCGAAUUUCGCCAGAAAAGUCUCUUCUGACACAGACAACUUCACAGAUGCAGCAGUGAGCAAUCGAAUUAAUGGUGAGCAUAAGGAGAAAGAUCUGGAGCCUUGGGACGGAGGAGACACUCACAACUCUGACAGCCUCGAGUCCCUGGACACAGAUGUGUCAAACGGAUGGGACCCAAACGACAUGUUCAAGUACAACGAGGAGAAGUAUGGAGUGUUGUCUACGUAUGACAGCAGCCUGUCCACAUAUACGGUCCCCUUGGAGCGUGACGACUCGGAGGAGUUUCUGAAGAGGGAGGCUCGUGCCGCCCAGCUGGCAGAGGAGAUAGAGGCCAGCGCCACAUAUAAAGCUCGGGUGGCCCUCGAAAACGAUGAGCGCACAGAGGAGGAGAAAUACACGGCUGUGGUGCGAGGGGAAAGGGAGACUCCCACGAUCAGCAGAGAGAACAAGUACAUUCCUCCGGGUCAGAGGAACAGGGAAGCGAUGUCAUGGGGUGCAGGACGGCAGAAUUCACCUCGACUGGGUCAGAGCUCAGCAGGAGCCUCGGCUUCUCGACCAGGACCUCAUGACUACAGUCCCAACACCGGCCCGGACCAGAGGGUGGUGAACGGAGGUUCAUCCCAUUGGCCCUCACCCUGUCCGUCUCCCUCCUCUCGUCCCCCCUCUCGUUACCAGUCUGGCCCCUCCUACUUGCCUCCCCGGGCAACCACGCCCACCAGGCCACCCUCCAGGCCCCCCUCUCGGCCUUCCAGACCUCCCUCUCAUUCAUCUCACCCCUCCUAUCCCUCCUCUUCAUCCUCCUUUUCUCAACAUGGCCCUACGUCACCAGCCUCCACUCUGCCCAAACGCAUGUCCUCAGAAGGUCCUCCGAGGAUGUCUCCUAAAUCCCAGCGAACGCCUCGUGCUCACAGAGUUCCGCCGUCACGGAUCAGCUCGGUCUCCGUUGCAGUGGACUUGGGUUCCCACAAUCCACCUGGAGACGUUUCGGCAACGCCUCCAGCCAGGAGUAACUCCUCUGGAGGAACCUGGUCUUCAGUGGUCAGUGGAGCUCACAGACCUCGAUCCCCGCGACAGAACAAUGUGGGCCGCGCCUCCCCCGGCUCUUCCUCACUCUCCUCGCCCCAGACAGGAACGGCUCCUAUAGAAACUGUUACGACGCUGACAUCAGCUUCCUCUCCUACUGCUGCUAGCCCCGCCCCCAACAUGGUCGCCUCUCCAUCAGGGGAUGGUAAAGAUUGUCGUGUCCAGGAGACGACACAGUCAUCUCCCUCAGCAAAUAAUGAGAACAUUAAGUCUUUGGAUAACUCCCCUAGCAUCUCAAGACCAGUCUGUAAAGGACCUCCUUCUAUGGCCCCCGACCACAGAAAACAAAUAGAUAAUUUAAAGAAAUUUAGUGUAGAUUUUAGAUUGCAGUCCAGUUCCAGUCCGGACCCCUCCUUUGACCAGAUGACCAAGCCAGUCAGAGACUCAUCAGACAAGCCUAAAGAUCUUUCCCUUGACAAGGCUGCCGCAGCGGGCCGAGACGGCGCCGAGGACGGCGCUGCAGGGCUGGCUGCUGGCGGCUCCGGAGCCGCGCCUGCGUCGUCCGCCAGUAAACCCGGCAGCCCUGCAGCGCCGUCUCCAUCUUCCUUAGAGCAGAAGAGAGGAGGGCAGGAUGUGACAUCACAAGGAGUUCAGACGACUGCCAUGUCCACGCUGAGUGGACCCAAACAUGAAGAGAAGGAGGAGAAGAAGGAGGCGGUACAAGAUCAAGUAAGAAAAUCAACCCUGAACCCAAAUGCUAACGAAUUCAAACCCAGGUUUAAUACACAGCCUAAGCCAGCCAACACCCCGACGCCUCCUCGGCCUCAGGGUCAGCCCAGCCCCUCCAUCGUGGUUCAGCAGCCGCCGACCGUCUACAGCUGCUUCCCUCAGAUGUAUCCGCUGACGCCAGUCAGCCCCGGCGUUCAGAAAAGCAUAAUAUGGAAGUCUCCAGCUGUGUACCAGGUCCAAAUGCCUCACAUGGCAGUCAGCCAGCCGAAACCUUACAGACCAGGUAAAGUACCCAACAUGCCCCAGCAGAGGUCUGACCAGCACCACCCGCCCGGCACGCCCACCAUGAUGCAUCCAGCGACCGCAGCGGGACCGCCGAUCGUAGCACCGAACCCCGCGUACUCGGCGCAGUACUUCACCUGCAGCCCGCAGCAGUUCACCAGCCAGCCGCUCGUUCAGCAGAUGACACACUACCAGUCACAGGCGCAGCACGUGUUCAGUCCAGUCAUGCAAAGCAGCGCCAGGAUGAUGGGCCCUCCAACGCACGGCCAGCCCAGCCUCGUCUCUUCUUCUACUACGCAGUACCCGGAGCAGACACACACCAUGUAUGUGUCUCCAGGGCCGAUGCCUCAGCAGUACCCUCACCCCAGUGCCACCCUGCACCCUCACCCGCAGCACCCGCAGCCCUCUGCCACCCCUACAGGCCAAGGCCAGCAGGGCCCUCCGCAGCAUGGGGGCCCGCCGAGCCACCCUGCAGCCAGCCCAGUCCAACAUUCUCAGCACCAGCAGGCGGCAGCAGCCGCAGCCGCAGCAGCAGCGCAGGCCCUGCAUCUGUCCAACGCACCGCCCCAGCAGCAGAUCUACUCGGCCUUGGCCCCGACGCCCCCCUCCAUGACGCCCAACCCUCAGUCUCCCCAGGCGUCGUUCCCCUCCGCUCAGCAGACCGUCUACAUCCACCCUCAGCAGGUGCAGCAUGGCUACAACCCCAACCACAUGGCCCACGUGCAGCAGGCCCAUAUGCAGUCCGGCAUUGUGCCAUCUCACCAUCCUGCCCCCACCCACCCUCCAAUGAUGCUGAUGGCCACACAGGGUCCGGGGGGUCCCCAGCCACCGAUGCCCCAGACGGCUCUGAACCCCAUCCCGGUGUCCUCUACUACACAUUUCUCCUACUUGGCGCAUGCACAAGUGCAGCCUCAUCAUCAGCAGCAGCUGUAGAUAGAGGGCGCCGGCGAGCCGAGGGACCGCUCUGCUUCACGCUUCUCAACCAGAACCUCCAUAACAAGGCAGAACGAGAGCCCUCCUUUCCUCC